AUAGUCAGUCUUCUCAUCUCCAUCUUAAUCUCUCUACCUCGCAUUUAUUUAUUUGUUAUUUUUAUUGCAUACCGUCCUGUAUCUUCCUAUCCUUCCUUUACUUUAUGUAUUAUAAUUCCAAUUAGUGAAGUAUAUUAUUGGGUCUCAUGCAAAACAAGGAAAUUGUGAUGCAGGUCAGUAGAGUGACAGGUACAUUAUGUCCGUGUCGUGGCAGCCAGCCUUCUUGGUAAUAGUGUUCUUUGAAUCCUGUCGGUGAGAGGCAAGGUACUAUUCCAUAAUUAUGUUUUGUGUCUUGCCUUCGUGGUUGCUGGCGCCCUGCCUACCCCGUGCCAGUCGGGGAGUGGCUCCCAGCGCGCCACCCGGUCAUCGCACACCGGGGAAUUCAGUGCCUCAUGAGCGCUAGCAGCACACGCGGCUCCCGGACGGCUGAUCAAUGGCGAUGCCAGGACGCCUCCGUGUGGUGUGCGGCGAGGCGGGUCUGUCCAGGGGCAGAGGGGCGAUGCUGCAGCCGCGGGAGAGGCAUGCAGGCAGUGAGUCGCCUGCCCACCAUCGCUUUGACGGGGAGUUAUCGCGGGGAGACGUGCGCUACUCCCACUCCUGCACAGACCUCACCAGCUACAUCUCCCUCACCACGCCCCGCGACACUGCCCACGCCCUCUGCUCCAGGACGCGCCUCUCCCCUACACCCUGCCCCCUGACGCCGACUUCCCCUACUGACGGCCUCACCCAACACUCUCCGUCACCCUCGGAUCAAGGCCCCCAGCUGCCUCGCGCCCCUCGCCCGCGCCGGCCCCAGCAUCGGCGCCCCGUGACUGCGACAGUAUCAGCGCCUCGCCUGACCACGGCUGCAGGCAAAUGGAGGGACUACAGCAGACCCGUCAGGCACAGUCCCGCGCGGUUCAACUCUGCGGUAGGGGUCGGCGUAGGCAACGGGAGGCUGGGGGCGCAGGGCCAACAAGGUCGCCAGGGUCACCAGGGUCACCAGCGUGUGGGGCCCCAGAUGUCGUGGUCCCCGUCCAGGCAAGGCCCGCCUACCAUCCGUCCCCGGGUGUUCAGUGACUGCCACACGCGGCCCUCACACCUGUCCCGCAGCUUCCGCAUCAAGCAAUGGAUUCAGGCGCGCCAGAGGAGCUCCUCCCAGAACACCUACGUCACUGUGGACGAGGCUGACGACGAGGGGCGGCCGCUGGGGCGACACCUCGACAACAUUUGUGAGGAGAGCGACUCAGAACUCAGGCAGAGGAAGAAGUCCCGGCGGCGGCUGGGUGAUUUCACUACCAGCCGGCGCAAGCAGUGGCUCACGGAACGAGGCAUCAGCCCCUCCUCGGAGACCAGCCAGGAUAAUAUCGAGAAGGACGGGAACCUGGAGGAGCGGCUGCUGGAGGCGAGCACGAGCUGGAACGCCCACGCCAUCCACGAGCACCGCAUGAACGCCCUCAGGUCUUGCCUCACCGCCAAGAACGAGCCGCUGAUGGUGCUGAACCUGCUGGAGGCCAACAAGAUCACCGAGGCCGUGGCGGUGGCGCGGGAGAGCAAGACCCGGGUGAGACUGGACGUGUGUCUGCUGUGGGCGUGCGUGCAGGGUGCCGCGGACCUGGUAGAGAUGCUGCUGGAGGCCGGCGCAAGCGUGGACGCCAGAGACAACUCUGGGCUCAGUGCCCUUCACUUGGCUGCCGAGAAGGGCGCCGACGAAGUGCUGCGGGCGUUGCUGAAGAGCGGCGCUAAGGUGGGUGGUCCCUGGGAGUGGGAUGGCAACGAGGAGUUCACGCCCCUGAUGCUGGCGGCCCGCAGCGGCUGCCUGGAGGCCGUGAGGGUGCUGAUAGAGGGCGGCGCCAAACCAGACACUGGGCUGAAUACAAGCGGCGAGACGGCGCUGCACCAGGCGGUGCGCGCCGCGUCCCCGGAGUGCGUGCAGCUCCUGAUAGAGGCUGGCGCCACCGUCAACCCCACGGUUCUGUACAGCGAGACGCCCCUGCACGUCGCAGUGAGUGAGGGACUGGCCGACGUGGUGGGCAUCCUGCUGGAGGCCGGGGCCAACGUGAGGGCUUCCCGCGGCAACUCCAAAAUGACCCCGUUACACAUCGCGGCCCAAGAGGGUUACUGCGGCGUGGCGCACCAGCUGCUGAAGGCCGGCGCCAAUCCCAACCAGGAGAACCUGCGGGGACAGACGCCCCUGCACCUGGCGGCCAAGGCCCAGAGCUCCGACACUGUGCAGUUGCUGCUCGGCUUCGGCGCUAACCCCAACGCCUGCGACCGUGACAAGAAGACGCCCCUGCACAGCGGCAUCUUCAAGGGAUCUCGCUCCCACGAGUGUCUGCGGCUGCUGCUGGAGGCGGGGGCGGACACCAACGCAGCAGACCAGUCCGGCCACACGCCCCUGCAUAUGGCGGCGCUCCACGAGUCCUCCUACUGCGUCCUGCUCUUCCUCGACCACGGCGGCGACGUCACAGCGUGCACCCAGGGCGGCGUGUCCGCCCUCAACCUCAUCCUGCGCCGCACACCCACCGUGCUCGCCCACAUCCAGGAGAGUCUGGACGCUGCCAUCUCCUUCACCGACCACGACCACCACGACAGAGAUGCCCAGGUGCAGAUGGACUUCCGGGUGCUGGUGCCGGGCGAGGCUCGCGGGCUGGAGUGUCGCAUGCUGUCCUGCUUCAUAAGGGAAGGCCAGAAGCCGCUGCUGAAGCAUCCUCUUUGUGAGACGCUCCUCUUUCUGAAGUGGCUCAAGGUUCGUUCUUUCUUCGUGUUGAACUUGAUCUUCUACGCCCUGCUGGUGAUCCUGCUUACCAUUUACAUCAUGGUGGUGUUCCCGGCCUCCUCCUGCUACCACCUCAACUCCACCUCCGAGGAGACUAUCUAUCCUCCUUUUCAAUUCUCGCCGCCUCCUCCUCCCUCGGACUCCUCACCUCCCGCCAAUCCAGCAGACUCCCCAGGACACACCCGUCGCCUCUUAGAUCCCGGGGAUGGCAUCCAGGAGACCCACGCAGCCUCAGGUCAACCAGACAGAGCAUCUAAGAGGGAGCGGUGCGGGUUGCUUUACGAGUCCCUUCUCACCUACCUGCUGUACGCCAUCUGGACCGGCGUGAGUCUAUUGGCGGUGAAGGAAGUGUUUCAAAUCAUCAACGCCCCCCGGACCUACCUCUCGUGGGACAAUGUGUUCAUCUGGCCCAUCAUCAUCUUCACCAUGACCAUCACCAUUACCUCGUACGUGCGCCAUGACACCGAGAACUGGGAGCACCACCUGGCGGCCGUGGUCAUCCUCCUCAGCUGGGUGGAGCUUCUCUUCAUCAUCGGCAGGUUCCCGGUGUUCGGUCUCUACGUGCAGAUGUUCACCCACGUCACCAGGAACUUCGGUAAAUUCCUCUUCGCCUACAUCUGCCUCAUCAACGCCUUCUCCCUGAGCUUCGGUGUGCUGUUCCCCAACCACGCGCCCUUCAGAACCGUGGGCCUGAGGCUGCUCAAGACGCUGGUCAUGAUGACAGGCGAGAUCGAGUACGACGAGUGGUUCUUCGAUGAUGAGAAGACCAUCAUGUACCCGUCCACCUCCUACCUCGUGUUCAGCGUGUUCCUCAUCUUCGUCACCAUCAUCCUCAUGAACCUGCUGGUGGGCCUGGCCGUGUCGGACAUCCAGGGGCUGCUCAAGUCCGUGGGGCUGGACCGCCUGGUGCGUCAGACCCAGCUGGUGGUGCACUUCGAGACCUUCAUGUUCUCCAAGUGGCUGGCCUGGGUAGUGCCGGGGGGCGUGCUGCGUCUGCUGCACCAGAGUGUGCUACUCUUCCCCUCCCUUUACGGGUGCACGUUCAUCCUCAGCCCCAAGAUGCAGCGGGACACGGGCAUCCCGCAAGAGCUGGUGGAGGUCAUCAUGCACACCGCCCGCGCCCGUGACCACAUCUCGCGCCGCAGGAACGCCUUCGCCAACUUUCGAAGCCUGAGCAAGACUGCGCAGUACUCCAGCAGCGAAGGGGACGUGCAGCGCAGCGUGGAGGCACUGCGCUUCGGCCUCGACCUGCUGGUGUGGGACGUGGAUGAGCGGCGCAGCGACGCUAUGUUUCUGAAGGAGUCGCUGGCGGCUCUGACGGAGGAGGUGGCACGCGUGGGGCAAUGCGUGGAGGAGUUGGCGGGGCGGGGGAAGGGGGCGGGGGAGGCCAGCGUGUACACCUCCUGCAGCAGCACGCCUGACGCCUCCCGCAGCACCACGCCCUCCCUGCCCUAGCCUUCACCUGCUGCUCCUCUCCCCACCAAUGAUGCUACUUCUGCUGAGAUGUCUGCCUUGAGCCUGCCCAUCCACCCUAUCACCCACAAUCCCACACAGGCCUGGGAGGAGCUGCGGCGCUCACAGAAGAUAAUAAAACUUAAUGUCAAGACUCCACAGACACCUCCUGAUGAGCAUAUG